UCUUGGCUCUCCCUUUCUCUUACUCUCUCUGCUAUAAUAGAAAUUGAAUUGCAGAUCAAAAAACAUGGAAGAGUGGAUGAGACGUGAAAGUCAAAAGGCAGGCAUGGCAGCAAAUCCCAAGCCGCCUCUUAUUUUCCUUCACCUUCUCUUGCUCUCCAUACUUCCAUUACAGAUUACAGCAUCACCAGCAACGCAAGCAGAAGCUCUUGUCAAAUGGAAAAACAGCCUCACCCCUCCUCCCCCUUCUCUCACUUCAUGGUCCCUCUCCAACCUCAACAGCCUCUGCAACUGGACAAGUAUUGUCUGCGACUCAACCGGAACAGUCUCCGAGAUAAACCUCUCAGGCGGUGCUGACGUCAAUGGAACACUGGCCCAGUUCAACUUCACUCCAUUCCUUAACCUCACUCGCUUCGACCUCAGCCACAACAAUCUCAGCGGACCAAUACUUCCGGAGAUUGGCCAGCUAACAGAGCUUCAGUACGUGAGUCUUCUCGACAACUAUCUCAAUGGGAAAAUCCCAUAUCAGAUUACCAAUCUUCAAAAGGUAUGGUACUUAGACCUUGGAUCAAAUCUCUUAGUAUAUCCUGAUUGGUCUAAAUUUUCUACCAUGCCUUUGUUGACCCAUCUUGCCUUCAAUUACAAUGAACUCACUUCAGAGUUCCCAAGAUUUAUACUUGAUUGUCACAACUUGACCUUCUUGGAUUUGUCCCAGAAUAAGUUCAAUGGAACAAUACCAGAAUCUUUAUUUACCAAUCUGGGCAAGCUUGAAUUCCUUAAUCUUACUGAUAAUUCAUUCCAAGGAUCAUUGUCACCAAACAUUUCCCACCUUUCCAAGCUCAAAGAUCUUCGUCUAGGACAAAACCAUUUCAGUGGCCUUAUUCCUGAGGUUAUUGGAGCAAUUUUCAAUCUUCAAAUGAUAGAAAUGUACAACAAUUCAUUGGAAGGGAGAAUUCCUUCUUCAAUAGGCCAGCUCAAGCACCUCUCGGAACUCAAUCUUAUAAUGAAUAGCUUGAAUUCUACAAUUCCUCAUGAGCUUGGGUUUUGUACAAACCUCACCUUCUUGGCCCUGUCUACAAAUUCGUUAAUUGAGGAAUUGCCUUUGUCCUUGACCAACCUGACUAAAAUUAAAGAGUUGCGUUUAUCUGAUAAUUCUCUCUCUGGUUUGAUCUCACCGUAUUUUCUCUCCAAUUGGACUGAGUUAAUCUCUUUGCAACUUCAGAAUAAUCGUUUCUCUGGAGAAAUUCCACCGGAAAUAGGCCUAUUGACAAAGCUCCAAUAUCUUUUUCUGUUUAAUAAUAGCCUUUCUGGCUCAAUUCCCACUGGGGUUGGGAGGUUGAAAGAUUUGGUGUUAUUAGACCUUUCACAAAACCAGCUCUCUGGUCCGAUUCCUCUGACAGUUUGGAACCUCACAAACCUUCAAAUCUUACAAAUUUUCUCCAACAAUCUCUAUGGCACAAUCCCACCAGAGGUUGGAAAUAUGACGUCACUGCAAACUCUUGAUCUCAACACCAACCUUCUCUAUGGGGAGUUGCCAAACACCAUUUCUCGGCUCGGUAAUUUAACGACAAUCUCUCUUUUUGACAAUAACUUCUCGGGCACUAUUCCUAGUGACUUUGGGAAGUAUAGUUCUCUUAUCAUGGUUAGCUUUUCCUACAAUAGCUUCUCUGGAGAAUUGACACCUGAAUUGUGCAGCAGCUUUGCUCUUGAAGUUUUCACAGUGAAUAGAAACAACUUCACAGGGCCAUUGCCAGAGUGCUUGAGAAAUUGCUCGAAACUAAAUAGAGUGCGGUUUGAUGGGAACCGAUUCAAUGGAAACAUUACAAAUGCUUUUGGAGUUCAUCCAAAUCUGAGUGUCAUUUAUCUUGGUGACAAUCAAUUUGUUGGUGAAAUCUCAGCGGAAUGGGGAGAAUGUGAAUCUCUCACCGAUUUGCAGAUGUACAGAAAUAGAAUUUCAGGAAAAAUCCCAGUAGAGCUUGGAAAGUUGACUAAACUGCAGGUUUUAAAUCUGGACUCCAACCAAUUGUUCGGGGAAAUUCCAACUGUACUUGGAAAUCUAAGCCUGCUGUUGAAGCUCAAUCUGAGUAGGAACCAUUUGAUGGGAGAGAUCCCUCGAAGUCUAGGCAAUUUGAGUGAGCUUAGCAAUCUUGAUUUGUCUAGAAACAGUCUGGCUGGGAACAUACCAAAAGAACUUGGGAAUUGUGGUAAAUUAUUGAGCUUGGACUUGAGCAACAACAACCUGUUAGGUGAAAUACCAUCCGAGCUUGGUAACUUAAUGGAAUUGCAGUCAUUGUUGGACCUCAGCAGCAAUAGACUCUCAGGAAACAUUCCUCAAAACCUUGCAAAGCUUUCAAAAUUGGAGAGCCUGAAUGUGUCACAUAACCAACUUUCAGGGGAAAUCCCUUCAUCAUUUAGAAAUAUGCAGCCUAAUCAGUAG